UCCAAAGCAAUGUCAGACAGACGUGUUGUUAUUUUGGGUUCUGUAUUGAAAUGAGCUAAUGUAUCGCGAUCCUAUGAUCGAGGUCUGUUCAUGUUUGGUCGGUGCCUGUGACCCCGUAUGCCACAGUGGGAGGGCCCAGGAGAGAGCGUGUUCACGGCCCAGCCCCCUUGACGUGACAGCUGGGCGAAGCGGACUUAGACAGCAGUGGUAUCCCUCUCCUAUGUUAAGCAGUGUCAAACUGAACUGAAGUUGGGAACGAUUGGAAAUCCGCGUGAAACAAGUGUCUGUUCAGUUCCAACGAAACCUAUCUUAAAUUAAUCGUUCUAAAUAACCUGUGCUUUCGCAGAGCUGACUGAUCUCUGUGAGAUUGCAAAAACAUUCUCUAUAAAACAUUGUUGCCUACUGUUUACCGCAAAAAUGAUGAUGCACUCGUCUCAGAAGGACACAACCUACACAAAGAUAUUUGUAGGAGGUCUUCCAUAUCACACCACGGACUCCAGUCUCAGGAAAUACUUCGAAGUGUUCGGUGAUAUCGACGAGGCUGUUGUUAUAACGGACAGACAGACGGGCAAAUCCAGAGGUUAUGGAUUCGUGACGAUGGCAGACCGGGCGUCUGCGGACCGAGCCUGCAAGGACCCAAACCCCAUCAUCGACGGCCGGAAAGCCAAUGUGAACCUGGCCUACCUGGGGGCCAAGCCCAGGGUCAUGCAGCCAGGUGAGGGGAUGGACGCGCUGGCGGAGGGCUGCGCCACACGUUUAUUUCACAGCUUGGACGACCAAGGUUUCUCAUUUGGUGUUCCUCAAAUCCAUCCAGCGUUCAUCCAGAGGCCUUAUGGGCUGGCUUACGGGAUCCCAGCCCACUAUGUCUACCCCCAGGCCUUUAUGCAGCCAAGCACCAUGGUCAUCCCUCACAGCAUGCAGUCGCCCGCCGCCACGGCCUCCGCCGCCUCCUCCCCGUACCUCGACUACACCGGAGCGGCCUACGCCCAGUACUCCGCCGCAGCCGCCAGCGCCGCGGCCGCCGCUGCCUACGAGCAUUACCCGUACGCAGCCUCCCCGGCCCCUGCGGGCUACAUGGCUGCAGCAGGGUAUGGGUAUGCGGUCCAGCAGCCCCUAGCAGCCGCAGCCACCCCGGGAGCAGCCGCAGCAGCUGCAGCCUUCGCCCAGUACCAGCCUCAGCAGCUUCAGGCAGACCGCAUGCAGUAACUGACCACAACUACUACUAUUACUGAGCCUGGAUAACAGAAGAGAAGAGGCUAUAGAGAGGAGGGAGGAGGGUAUACUCACCCCCAGGACACUACAAGGGGAGAGGUGGGGGGAGAGUGUGAGGAGGGGGGAGGGAUGAAGAGUGGAGUGUAGUGGUGGUCGUCAAUCCUUGGCUUUAGAACAUGCAGCGCUGCUACCAAAAGAGCCGGAAGAGAAUCAUCUCAUAACUGAAUAGAAUUGUCUCAUAACUGAAGAGAAUCAUCUCAUAACUGAAUAGAAUCAUCUCAUAACUGAAUAGAAUCAUCUCAUAACUGAAGAGAAUCAUCUCAAAACUGAAGAGAAUCAUCUCAAAACUGAAGAGAAUCAUCUCAUAACUGAAUAGAAUCAUCUCAUAACUGAAUAGAAUCGUCUCAUAACUGAA